AUGUCGAACGAUGAGGAAAUGACCGAUGCUGCCGCCGGCGCGGAUCUCAACGGCGAGCAAGAGUUUGUCCAUGAGAAGCAGCGAUUGAAAUUGGUAUGCGCGGCUUCUGCCAGAUUUCAUGCAUGUCAAGUGACCGUCUGCUGACUCCUCACGAAGCUGCCCGGAAGUACGAACACUGCGGCAUCCUUUGCGCUUGAGAAGGAAGAUCACACUCUUGGGAAUGCGCUCCGAUACAUGAUCACGAAGAAGUCGGUCCAUCGGAGCCCGUAGACCUGGGAAGGGUAAAAUGCUAACUUUUCCAUCCAUGCGGCAGUCCCGACGUCGAGUUCUGUGGCUAUUCCAUCCCGCAUCCAUCCGAGCCUUUCAUGAAUUUGCGGAUACAGACCUGGGGUGAGUUUCCCCGUACGAAACUAUGGCGCUGCUGAGGAUGAUGACUGAGACGCUAACGGAGGCCUACAGACGACGUGAACGUCUUCGACGUCCUCAGGAAAGCACUCGACGAUCUCACGGAUCUCUGCGAGGCUGUUGAGGAGAAGUUUGUCGCGGCGCGGGAUCAGUUCAAUGAAGAGAACCCGGACCGAGUUUCCCAGCGAUGA